CUGUCUACAACCGAUAUCACCGAUGAGCCACCGAUAGGCAACCGAUCAACUAAUACUUACCACCGAUAGAAUAAAGAUGAAAAUCAAAAUGCGGGAUUUCGUCGGUUUUGAUCGGUGGUUAAUAGGGAUUCAAUCUGUGAUCGAUCGAUUGCCGCCAUCGUGUCAUCGGUGGGUUUAAUUUGUAAAUGGCCAAUCGGUAUUUAUACGUACUCAUCGGCUGUUGAUCGGUUGCCAGACGCUUUUGAUCGGUGACCAGUCAGAUUUUGUGAGUGACUAAUCGGUGGCUAGUCGGAGACAGAACGGCGUUCGAUUGGUGAUGUCGGGUGUUGCUCGGUAUUAUAUAGGCCGUCGCCAGUAGUUUUGCUCCAGUUUCUGCAGUAGUUUAAUCCGCGCCACAUUGGACUUAACUUCUCUGACAAUGCCUGCAAAAAAGAAAUUUAAGAAAUCCGACAAAUGCAAGACCCCCAUGACUGCCUCUGAUGAGGUCCCACAGAUCACAAAAAGAUCCAUCGUCAGGGGAAGUGCUUGUUGCCACGGUGCCAGUGGUACAGUUGGUGCUAAAGACGGAAGCGGUAGUGGCGGAUCCAAGCAGCAGCAUUCCCCAGAGAACUGCUCAGUGGAUGUCCUUGAACCUCGUAACGUCUCUCCUAUGAUGAGUGGGAAUGAUUCUACAGUAGUCGGCAAAGAAUCCUGUGAUUCUGUUCAUGACGAUGCCUCUGAUGUUCAUGACAGUACGGAUGGUGGAGAGACACAGGAAGACGUCACUCAGAACACCAAACCCAAGUCAAAGACCAAGAAGCCCAGAAAUCGCAUAGUUAUCAUCUCCGAGGAAGAUCAGGACAAGAUUCGUGAGUUCUUGUUAGCCAAUGACUUCCUGUACGACAAACACAGAGACCAAUGGAGGGAUACACAAUCCAGGGAGAGGAAGUGGGAGGAGCUGAGCGAACUUAUAGGCCGUGAUGCCAAGGAUAUCAAACAGUGGUAUCAGUCCACAAGGUCCAAGCUGAGUGAAAUCAAGAACAAGAAGGUCACUCCAUCUGGGAGUGGUUUUGAAGUAGAAGGAGUCACUGACAAGGCCAGGAGACUGUGGGAACGUUUCCAGUUUCUGCUUCCGCACAUAGGUGCAGUGAAAUCCCGAACUGUUUGCAGCAUUAAGCAGAAAAGAGCAGCCAGACUUCACGUCCAACUUCCUGACCUUGAUGACGAGGGCCAGACUAACCGAGUUGUCCCCACACAAGAAGCCGAAGAGGACGUCUCUGCAGCUGAUGCUUCGUUAGAGCGACCAAAUAGUACUCCUCCUAUCUCUGCGUCUUCAGACCCUGCCACAUGCACGCGACCUCCACUUGUGCGUGACCCCAAGAGAGCCAAGGUAGUCGAUACAGCGCCUGAUGAGGGUAUCCAGGCUCUUGUCCGUUGUAGUCAGCAGCUAAUGGUGGUAGGAGACAAUUUGGCAAGGUACCUCCGACCAGAGAGUACCGCCCAGGAGCGUCAGAGGCAAAACUUUGCCGACAUGAGUGCGAACAUUCUUAGACAGCUGCCUGAGGACCUGUAUAUGGAGGCAUCAAACCGCAUUUGGACUGUUCUGCAAGAUGUCCAGCGAAAUGCCCAUGCACGCAGUGACACUCAAGCUCCGCCCCAACCUCAAGCUCCAGUUACAGGCAGACCCAUGUCAUACCAGCAACCACAGUGGCAGCCUGAUCCCUCACAGUGGACCAGCAACCCACCUCAAGCCAGCGUGUGGGGUUCUAUGGGGUGCGAUUAUAUUCGCCAAACACACCCAGGUUACCUCCAGGGACAAUCACAGUCACAGGAACAGUCAGCUCCCCGACAAACCUUGCCUGAGGACAUUUUCACAGCUAGCAUGGUGACAGCUGGUAUCCCUGUCUCCUCACAGCCUGAGGAGGGCUCGGAAGACCUUUAGACGAAUGACAACAUGAGGACAGGAAGUCCACAAGAAGUGCAGUUUUGUUUGUUGUACUUUUUAUGUUUGAACGACUGUUUGUGUAAUUGGUGGUGUAACUGCAUUUAUGGAAAACUGUUUAAUUUGCUUUUCACGUAACAAUAUAUUUGUUUCAAUUAAACUGAGGUACAGAGAGUAUAUUUUUAUCUGUUUAUUUGGCCCCUGGUUUUUAUAAUAGUUCCCCAAUUAAUCACAAAUUAAUAACACAAUUGUAAAAUUUAGGUAUUUGUAUUCACCACUAUUGGUUGUCUGUGUUGAUCGAGAAUGUUUUUUUAUAACCUCAUAACAAAAUUAAUGCACGCGCGAUGACGUCAACGUUGUUCUGCUGGAAAAACGUGACUUGCAAAUAACGU